CCGAGCACGACCUCCCUGUCAACAACUUCACCUCAGCGGCAGCGUGAAUUCUAUCAGUGUCGGAGGUUUGUGUCACCAUGGGAGAAAAGUCGGAGCAGAGGAGCUUUUCUGAAGUUAUCACUCAGAUACUACAAGAGGCGCCAGAUGCCAGAAAACAGCUGCUCGACAACCACAGCAACCUCAUCAACGUCGCAGAUUACUGCGAAAACAAUUAUGUCAAGUUAGAUGAUUCAGAAAAGGCUGUGGAAGAGGCCAAGGCUUUGGCCACCCAGGCUCUGGCCAGUGUGACCUACCAGAUCAACAGCCUGGCCAGCACCGUGCUGAGACUUCUGGACUCUCAGGUCAUGCAGAUUAAAGCUAUGGAGUCCUCGGUCAACCUGCUGUCACUGGGUGUCGCGAUGCACUUUGAGAAGGUAGCAAGAAGAGAGAUUGGCGUCUUCACAACUACCAAAGAAAAGAUUCGCUCCAGGCGUUUGGUGGCGCCGCCUUCAGGCAAAGAGCCAGCGAGAAGCUACUCAAGGGUGCCAAUAUCAUACUCCAUCCUGGACUCCAUGGGACACUGUUUUCAUGUGAAACAUCAGGUCACCGAGGAGCAGCCCAGAAAGAGAGCAGACAGCAUACAUAGCGUGGCAGACGUCUCCAUAACCAGUUUAGGUAUUGCUGUUCCUCCACCGUCAGUGCCCACCUUGUCAUCCGUCACCAACGACAGCCUGCCGCCUCCUCCUCCCCCCUCUGCUGCCGGCCUGGACCCCACUGUGCCUGCUCCUCCACCACCUCCACCCCCUUCUUCCUCCAUGGACAUCGGCCUCCCACCUCCACCCUCCUUGACCUCGCCCUCGUCCUUCCCCUCACCUCCCCCUCCCCCUCCACCGACAUCCAGUUUGUCAAAUGGUGCCUACAUGCCUCCACCACCUCCACCUUUAUCAGGAGGGGGUCCUCUUCCUCCUCCCUCCUCCACCUCCACCAGUGUCUGGAACUGGUCCUCUUCCACCCUCCUCCUCCCGCCUCCACCCAUGUCAGGAACUGGUCCUCUUCCACCUCCUCCUCCACCUCCACCAGUGUCAGGAGCUGGUCCUCUUCCACCUCCACCUCCCCCACCUCCCUCCACUAUGAGGUCCUCUUCCACUCCACCAGUGUCAGGAGCUGGUCCUCUUCCACCUCCACUAUGAGAUCCUCUUCCACCUUCACCACUGUAAGGAAUGGGUCCUCUUCCACCUCCACCUCCUCAACCUCCUUUCGGUAUAAGGAGCUGGUCCUCUUCCUUCUAUACCUGCACC